AUGAAACGAGGCGUCGUAUCGUGUAAAUUGUAUUUACCUCAUACCGUGCGCCGUCAACGCGCGUCCGACAAACGUCUUUACAAUCGGCGGUUAGACAGUGGUGGCGGUCGCGUUGGUUUGGUCGGGUCGUCCGAACGUUCACCGGGCCGGGGGCGGGCGCGGGGGGCGUGGAAUGUUGACGCCGCCCAACGGCCGGUGCGCGUGAACGUCCCAACGUGGAGUGGACGCGCCUUGGCACUUGCGGAGGGUGUGAUGGAGGCGCGGGGGUGCGAGGGAGAGGCGACACCCCUCUUGCUCGCACUUCCGAGCGACUCCAUCCGGCUGGGGACUGUG